AUGCAGAGGAACUACAGCACGCAGUCUCUGGCACCGGGAGAGUGUGAAGAACCCACCGGACUACCAAACUGUACUGAUGGCUUGCUUGGAAACAUGUCAUUGCAUUGCUGGCUUCAACUGCUAACCAAAGAGUCUAAUUCAGAUAUCCAAGGGGAUGGAUACAGUCUGGCACUCCGUGUUAUGAUAGCUCUGGUUUAUUCAGUUGUGUGUGCUUUGGGUCUCGUGGGAAAUUCAUUGGCACUGUACUUGCUCCAUUCACGCUACCGGCAAAAACAAUCCUCCAUCAACUGUUUUGUCAUGGGUUUGGCGCUAACUGACUUACAGUUCGUCCUCACGCUCCCCUUCUGGGCCGUGGACACCGCGCUGGACUUCCGUUGGCCUUUCGGCAAAGUGAUGUGUAAAAUCGUGAGCUCGGUCACCACCAUGAACAUGUACGCCAGUGUCUUUUUUCUCACCGCCAUGAGCGUGGCUCGUUACUACUCCAUAGCGUCCUCUCUGAAGAUGCACAGUCGCAGGGCAGCGGCCGUCGGGGCCAAAUGGAUCAGUUUGGGUAUUUGGGUGGUGUCGCUGCUAGCCACCCUGCCCCACGCCAUCUACUCCACCGUCGCCCACUUCUCGACGGACGAGGAGCUGUGUCUGGUUCGUUUCCCCGACUCGGGCACCUGGGACCCGCAGCUCUUGCUCGGGCUGUAUCAGCUUCAGAAAGUUCUUCUGGGUUUCGUGAUUCCGUUGGUGGUGAUCACGCUGUGUUACCUGCUCCUGCUGAGGUUCGUGCUAAGUCGACGGAUCAGCGGUGUGGCCGACCUGGAGAGCAAACAGGGGCGCAGCAAGCGGUGCUCCAAGGUCACGAAAUCCGUGGUCAUCGUGGUGCUGUCCUUCUUCUUGUGCUGGCUGCCCAAUCAGGCGCUGACGCUUUGGGGCGUGCUCAUUAAAUUCGACCUCGUGCCCUUCAGCAUGGCUUUUUACUAUGCCCAGGCCUACUCUUUCCCGUUGACCGUCUGUUUGGCGCACACCAACAGCUGCCUGAAUCCCGUCCUGUACUGCCUCAUCCGAAGGGAAUUCCGGGCCGGGCUGAAGGAGCUGCUCCUGAGGGCCACGCCGUCCGUCCGUCAUCUCACUCACUUUUUCCCCCGCAAAGCCAAAGUGGCUGAAGCACCGCCCGUCUUGGUUCUGGUCCAGAUGGAUGUGUGA